AUGGGAGGCGCGGCGCCGAACCCUGCUCCGGCGGGCGGCGCCGGUUCCGGCAAGGUGCUGCUGCGGAUCGAGUACAUCAGCGAUGCGCAGGCCAAGUUGGUUGUACUGGGCCCCAUCGUGGCCGACCAGGCCUGGUUCUUGAAGAACAAUUACUUGGAGGCCGUCUCCUCCGUGUUUGCGGGGGCCUGCCUUGCUGCGUCCCUUCUGACGCUGGGCGUGCUGGGCAGGAACGUGCUGCGCGCCCGCCGCCUGCGCUGGUCGCCGCUGCGCAAAAAGGCGGUGGCCUUUGCCACCCUGCCCCUGCUGCUGGAGAUGGUCAGCCUCAGCUUCUGGCUGACCAACAUGCUGCUGUCCUGGACCCGCCCCUGCUCCUGGUUUCACAUCCCAAUCGACAUCAUGGCGGGGCUGCAGUGGAGCUGCUGGAACGCCCUGCUGGAGUGGGGGGACGACCUGGGCGGUACCGGCGCCGCCUGUGCUGCACAUGUGGUGGGUGCGGCGGGGCAGGUGCUGGCCAGCCUCCCCGAGGUGACGCACCUGGAGAAGGGGGUGGGAGCAGUGUGCGAGGCGCUGCCCACGCAGGCCCUGGCCGGCGCGGCGGCCCGCCUGGAGGCCCUGGAGCGGCGCAUCCGCUUCGGGGUGCUGGCCGCGGUGGUGCUGCUGCUGUGGCUGCCCACGCAGGCGGUCAUCGUGGCGCUGACGGCCUGGAGCUGCCAGCUGGCUGGAUCCAUGCAGGGCCUGACCUGGGCGCUGGGCGCCCUGCUCCUCACAUCUGCCCUCGCCUUCCUCGCCUUCACCUGGCUCGCUUUCCACCAGCUGGCCGCCCGCCCGUACCGCGACUACCGAAACCUGGCGCUGCGGCUGGCGCUGAAGACGCGCCUGCUCACCUACCUCACCUUCGUGCUGUCCCUGGCGCUCAUGUUCUACAUCCGCAGCAACGACUGCAACUCGACGGUGCUCAUCUGGCUGGGCUUUGGCCCCAUGCACGUGGCAAUGACGGGGACAGUGGUGGUGGAGAGCCUGCUGUUCAUGCCCAGCGCCCCCAACGCCGCCACCGCCAAGCUGCACCACCAGCUGCAGCAGUUUGCCUGGACGGAGGCGCAGCUGCCUGGCCUGCUGGAGCGGCGGGGGCUGCCAGAAGAGCCCUGCUUCUGCCUGGAGACCACCCUCAAAGCCGCCUACUUCUCCCUGCACGUGUACCGGCACUUCAACCCCAACAGCCACGUGACGUCGCUGGCGGGCGCGCUGCGCCUGUACCGCCUUCAGCACUACGAGUGGCUGCGGGAGCCCGCCCACGACUCGAACUGCCUGCUGGCCUGGGGCCCUGACACCCUGGUGGCCUGGCGAAUCGCGCACCCGCCCAGGCUUGGCAGCCUGCUGCUGGGCAGCCGCCCGCUGGUGCACCUCGGCUUCCUGAAGAGCUGGGUGCUGCAACGCAUUCGGGAGGUGCUGGAGGAGCGGCGGCACACCGAGCUGGACCCCCUGGCCUGCACAGCAGACCGCUGCUGCACAUGCGAGCCGCCGCCGGACGGCCACUUGGCGGCGGCCAGGGAGGCGGCGGCGGCGGCGCAGCGGCAGCAGCCCGGCGGCGGGACCGGCGGAGGCGCGGCGCGGAUGAGGAUUGCCGGGCCGCCCUUCCGCAUCCUUUUGGCGGGACACUCUCUGGGCGGCGCCAUGAGCCAGCUGUGCGGCAUGGACCUUGCGGCGGCGCUACCCGGCUGGGGCUUUGCGCUGGCCCCCGCCGCCGCCGUGGCGCCCGCCGCGCCGCCGCCGUCCGCCGCCGCGCUCCCGGCCGUCUCCCUGACGACCGUGACCUUUGGGGCGCCGCGCACCGGCAACCACGCCUUUGCCCGCGAAUACGACGCCGCCCUGCCAGACUGCUGGUCCAUCAUCAACGGGCAGGACGUGGUGGCCAACCAGGCCAAGUUUUUGGUGCUGUUCAAGCGCGCCGGCAAGCCCGUGCUGCUGAGCGGCGCGGGCGACCUGCUUGUGCGGCCCAGCCGGCUGGAGCACUCGGCGCAGCGCGCCUCGGGCGCCAGCAUCAGCCACCACAAGCUGCUGGGCUCCUACUGCCCCUCACUGGCUACCUUCCUGGCCCACCAGAGCGGCGGCAAGCCGCUGCCCGGGGGCAGGGAGGCGGUGGAGGACCUGUGGAGGGGCGGCGCCACGGCGCAGCUGUUAGAGCAGAUGCUUGGCAUGGUGCACGGCAGCGGCGGCGGCAACAAGACAGCGGCAACGAGGGGCGGCUCGCCAAAGGCGGCCGACAGCGACGCGCUGGACGUCUAG